UCGACCACAAUUGUAGACCGCCUUGAGCGAUCAAAAAUUCACAAAAAUAAAGGCGGGAAUUGUCGGGAAUCGCAAAUAUGCCGGAAAGCUUGAUCGCCGGCAUCCCGGUGCAUUUUCCUUUUGAGCCGUACCCGGUGCAGCGGGCGUACAUGGAAAAGGUGAUCCAGUGCCUCCGAGACGGCACAAACGGAGUCCUGGAGUCUCCGACUGGGACGGGUAAAACGCUAAGUCUGCUCUGUUCGUCCCUUGCCUGGAUUCGCACCCGCCAGUCCGAGCAGCAGCAGCAGAUGCUCAAGAUGGAGAAGAGCGACUUGCCGGGUCAAAAUGAUACGCCUGGCGGGGAUCUAUCGGAGUUAGCGAAGACCGUAGGCCGUGCCAAUAACUGGGGCGUACCCAAGGUCAUCUACGCAUCCCGAACUCAUUCGCAACUGGGCCAAGCCAUGAGGGAGCUCAAGAGAACGGCCUACGCCAACAUGCGAUCCGUGGUCCUGGGCUCCCGGGAUCAGCUGUGCAUCCAUCCCGAGGUCAUGAGGGAGCAGGGCAACUCAAACAAGACGAACAUGUGCAAGCUGCGGGUGCACUCGAAGACCUGUUCGUUCCAAAUGCGCGUAGAGUCGCGGAAGGAUCAUCCGGACUUGCGGGGUCCCACCAUAAUGGACAUCGAGGACCUGGUCAAGGUGGGCCAGCGCCUGAAGGUUUGUCCCUACUUUGCUUCGCGAGAAUUGGUUGCCCAGGCGGACAUCACCUUCAUGCCUUACAAUUACCUACUCGAUCCCAAGGCUCGCAAGGCCAAUAAGAUCGAGCUGGGGAAUACCAUUGUUAUUCUGGAUGAGGCUCACAAUAUCGAGAAGAUCUGCGAGGAGUCCGCUUCGGUGCAGAUCAGGUCCUCCGAUGUGGCCAUGGCCAUCGAGGAUGUCACGCACGUGAUGAAAGUGUUUGCCAGCGGCGAGUCGCAGGACAUGGGCGGCGAUGAGCCAAAGGACUUCACCCUAGACGACCUCACGCUGCUCAAGGAGAUGCUGCUGGAGCUGGAGAAGGCCAUAGAUGCCAUCGUAGUGGAUAACACUGCGGAGGGCACCACUUUUCCGGCCUCCAUGAUGUACGAGCUGCUCGGCAAGGCAAAUUUCACGCAUGGGAACUGUGCCACGAUAGUGUCUCUGCUGGAUAAGUUGGUGCAGUACCUCAUGGUGGCCUCCCAGCAGAUGAGUAUCCGCAAGGGCGGCACUUUCACCAUGCUCAGCGACCUGCUGACCAUUGUGUUUGGCAACAAGAUGGAGAUGAUGAGCAAGGUCUACGCCAGCUUCAAAGUGCACGUCCAGGUGGAGGAGCCCAAUAAGGGACAGCCAAAGCAGCAGGGUGCCAAGCAGCAGGGCUGGCUUAGCAAAGGAACCACUUCUAUCGGUUCGAAUAAGGCGGCUAAAAUCGUGAACUUCUGGUGCUUCAAUCCUGGUUUCGGCAUGGAGCAGCUGCUCAACACGCAGGUGCGCAGUGUCAUUCUUACCAGCGGCACGCUGGCGCCACUUAAGCCGCUGAUCGCGGAGCUGGCGAUACCAGUGGCCCAGCACCUGGAGAACCCGCACAUUGUUGACCAGUCGCAGGUGUACGUGAAGAUCAUUGGCACCGGACCCGAUCGUCAGCAGUUGAUAUCUAACUACGCGAACCGUGAUAAUCCGAAGUACAUCAGCUCCUUGGGACAGACGAUCCUGAAUGUGUCGCGGAUAGUGCCCGACGGCCUCCUGGUCUUCUUUCCGUCGUAUCCCAUGCUGAACAAGUGCGUGGACGCGUGGCAGGCGAGUGGAUUGUGGGCGGACAUCUCGAGCAAAAAACCUAUUUUCCUCGAGCCGCGCGGCAAGGAGCAGUUCACCAGUACGAUGGAGGAGUUCUACCAGGCGAUUCGCGAUUCCAAGGGCGCUGUUUUCAUGGCCGUUUGUAGGGGAAAAGUCUCCGAAGGCCUGGACUUUGCCGACCGAAAUGGUCGGGCGGUGAUUAUCACAGGCCUGCCUUUUCCGCCCCUGAAAGAUCCCAAGGUGAUACUGAAACGCCGCUACCUGGAGACGAACCGGACGCGCGAAAACCAGCUAUUAAGUGGCCAGGAGUGGUACAACCUGGACGCGACGCGGGCCGUGAAUCAGGCUAUCGGUCGUGUGAUCCGGCAUCGCAACGACUACGGCGCUAUUCUUCUCUGCGAUUCGCGGUUCAAGGACGCCUCCCAGGUGCAGCAGCUGUCAAAAUGGAUUCGCGGUCACCUGGGCGACCGGCCGCAGUGCUCACCCUUCGGACCCAUCGUCAGGGAGCUGCGCCAGUUCUUCAAGAACGCCGAGGCCAACAUGAAACAGCCUGAGGAGCGGGAGUCGGAUCCACCUUUGGAGACGGUUUGCAAGAUCGCUGAUGAGCCCUUGGGCGCCAUUCCCAAAAUUAAAAGGGAGCCUGGCUCCAGUAGCACCUUUAAAGAAGCCAAUGAAACUGCUAUUAAAGUGGAGAUGGCCAAUUCCAUAAAGACAUGGACUGCCGCCGAUUAUGCCAGUGCCGCUGGACGAAAACUGGGCGGCUCGGCGCCCAAUGCCAUGGACUUUAUGAGUCGCCUCGACUCAAAUGUUUCGAGUAUUGAUUUCAAUUGCUGCACGGCAAGCAAAAAUGAUUCCACUGGGCUGGUGAAGAUUCACAAGAGGGAGCGCAGCUCCCCGACUCCGCCGGAAAGUUCCAGCCAGGUGGCCAAAAAACGGUACAAAUUGGUGGAGAAUAUCAAGGUGGAGCCUAGUAGUUCGCAGGCAAAGGAGGCGCCCGAGUCCAGGACCGAUUUCCUGCGAGAGCUGCGCAGCUUGGUUAGCCAGGAUCAGUUUCGCCGCUUCGGAAAGGCUCUGUUGGAGUACAAAAGCGGCAGCGUCGAGAGCUUCCAGGCGCUGAUGAGUGUGCUCUUGGAGGUGCUUGCCGCGCCCAAGAUGCGCUACAUGCUCGUCGGGAUGCGGAGAUAUCUCAAGAAUGAACACAAGGCCGAGUUCGAUCUGCGGCUGGCCAAACACGAGAAAGUCAGAUAGUUCGUAAGCUUGUAGGGGACAUGCUUGGCAUUUUUUUAAAUAACCAUUUCGAGUUGGCAGUGGACAGCAGGCUUGGCAACAAAUCUGCGAACUGCAGGCAGCGCACAGCGCAUCCAAUAAGGUCAUUGUCAAACGGGCCGAGCUCCUUUGUGCACAGUCCACAUCCCCAUCGUUUUUUGCACCGAGUCCGAGUCCGAAAAAGAGACCGAGUGCAGUGAAAGCGCUCCGACUUCGGACUUGGGAAGGCACUCGUGUGGCAACAAUCGUCCAAGGCGCACGGCACGCACGCAGAGCUGCCGGAUCAGAUGGCUGUAGCCAUAGAGCUGUAGCUAUAGAGCUUUUGGGGCAAGAGCCGAGCCCCCGGACCAAGCCCAGACCUGCUGAUCCAUCCGCCGCUUAGUUUGGGGCACGCAGUAAGUUGGACUCAUUGCACCUGCCUCCGCCCUUCCAGUUUGCAUUUCCAUUUGCAACAAGUAACAAGGGUGGGUGGUGCCCCGUUCAGCCCACGCAGCAACCUUGGCCUAGUUAAGCCACUUGCCUUAAUUGCAUUUUGUCGUCAUCGCAGCGCACAUGGUGGAGGAGAUUGGCUGCCAGAAGCAGACGGGCAUUGUGGUCGCCAUGCCCGGCCAGGUUGCAUCGACCACCGGAACUCCUACCCCAGCCACCGGCGUCAUUCAUCAUCACCACCAGCAGCAGCAACAGCAGCACCAGCAUCAGCAGUAGCAGCAGCAGCAGCAUCAGCAGCAUCAGCAGUAGCAGCAGCAGCAUCAGCAACUCCAA